AUGUCUUCGAACAAUGAUAAGCGAGCAAUCGAUGAUAUACAACAGCUGCAUAACAUCGAGCUUUCACACCAAUGGGAUCCAAAUCUGCCCCAAGAUACGCUUGACGAAAUCAACGAGGCAGUCAAGACGGGCGAUCAUGAGAAAGCUGCCGAAAUAGACAAGUCCUUCGUGCAAGACUCUCAAUAUGAAUCGGUGCGAGCGGCAGUUCGAAACACUGACGGGGGAGAACCGGCGAACACAGUGCGCGCAUGGAUCUUGGGAAUGUUUUUCACGACCGUUGGAAGUGGUUUAAACAUGUUCUUGAGUAUGAGGAGUCCUGCUAUUUCUUUCCCCGCUAUAGUUGUUCAAUUGCUCGUCUAUCCGUUGGGCUGCCUUUGGGCUAGGUAUAUGCCUACUCGAGUAUUCAAUACGUUUGGGGUGCGUUGGACUUUGAAUACGGGCCCUUUCAACAUCAAGGAACAUACAGUGAUUACGAUCAUGGCAAAUGUCUCCAUUGGCUACGCAUACUGCACAGACGCACUACUCGCACUCAAAGCGAAGCCAUUGUACAACCGUGACGUCGGCUGGGGUUUCCAGCUUCUAUUCGCUCUAAGUAGCCAGGUCAUUGGAAUGUCGCUUGCUGGACUCGUCCGCCGAUUCUUGGUCUGGCCGGCUGCUAUGAUAUGGCCAGGUCAAUUCGCCAACACUGCACUGUUCUAUGCCCUUCAUGAUAAGAGUAGAUCGGACCCUGCACAGACAAAUGGCUGGAUAAUUUCCCGGUACCGAUACUUCAUGUAUGUCAUGGCCGGAGCGUUUGUCUGGUAUUGGAUACCUGGUGUCAUUUGGCAAGGACUUUCCGUUUUCGCCUUCAUUACCUGGAUCAAACCGAACAAUGUUAUUCUCAAUCAGCUCUUUGGAGGCUUUACUGGGCUGUCAUUGAUCCCUAUCACUUUUGAUUGGACAUACGUUUCCGCAUAUCUCCUUGAUCCUCUCCUCUCGCCUGUGCACGCCAUCAUGAACACUUUCAUUGGACUGGUCAUCUUUGUAUUGAUUACGACAAUUGGAAUUGCAUAUACUGGAGCCUUGUAUUCCGAAUAUCUCCCUAUCAAUACUUCCACAACUUACGACAAUACACAGAAUUCGUAUAACGUGAGCAAGAUUCUGGGUUCAGGCUUCACUUUCGACGAGGAGGCGUACAAGGCCUAUUCACCCAUGUUCCUCGCCCCGACUUUUGCCUUGAACUACGGACUUUCGUUUGCGGCUUUGACGGCUGUUAUUGUUCAUGUUAUUCUUUUCCAUCGAAAAGAGAUUUGGCAUCGAUUCAAGGCUGCUCAAGACCAAGAGCCAGAUAUUCACUUGAUGUUAAUGAAGAAAUAUAAAGAGGUGCCCGAGUGGUGGUACGCCGUCCUCUUUUUGGCUUCUAUGGCCCUGGGCUUAGGUGGUAUUCUGGGAUAUGAUUCUCAACUUCCGUGGUGGGCAUUCUUCGUCUCUCUCAUUGUCGCAGCUGUGUUCAUUGUCCCGACUUGUAUGCUUCUCGGCAUAACCAACAUCCAACUUUCCCUUAAUGUUCUAUCCCCGUUCUUGGCUGGCUUCAUGAUCCCCGGGAAGCCAAUCGGAGUUAUGGUCUUCAAAGUCUUUAGUACCAUCACAUUGGGACAAGCUCAAUAUUUCUGCGCAGAUCUCAAGAUUGCGCAUUACAUGAAGAUUCCGCCCCGUGUCACUUUCAUGUGCCAAAUUGUUGCGACCAUUUGGGCUAGCUUUGUUCAAAUUGCAGUCAUGAAUUGGACCUUGGGCAACAUCGAAGGUGUUUGCACAACCGAUCAAUCUGCUCACUUUACUUGCCCUAACGGAAGGACAUUCUUCUCUUCCAGUAUCGUGUGGGGUGUAAUUGGACCAAAUCGCAUGUUCGGCCCUGACGGGAUCUAUAAAUCAAUCCAGUAUUUCUGGUUGCUCGGAGCUCUCCUGCCUGUGGCAUUCUACAUCUUAAUGCGACUAUUCCCACGAUCAAAGGCUAGACUGCUCAAUGCGCCAGUCAUGCUUGGAGCUAUGGCAUGGUUACCUCCAGCCACGCCUUUGAGCUUCACGUCGUGGGUCAUGUUUGGACUCAUUUUUAAUUACUGGAUCCAUCGUCGCUGGGGUGGCUGGUGGAGGAAUUAUAACUACAUCACAGCUGCAGGACUUGACACCGGCCUGGUCCUGUCGACAAUUGUCAUAUUCUUCGCCAUAACCUUACCCGGAGUUUCUGCCCCGAACUGGUGGGGAAAUACUGCGCCUUUCGAGACCAUGGACUACCUCUACACUGCUGUUCGAAAGACAGUUGCUGAAGGAGAAAUCUUCGGGCCUUCCAAAUGGUAA